AAGCGUCUGAAAGAUAUUGACGAUUAAUGAUUCGGUUAGAUUAUUAAAAAAACACAUUCUUUAUAUUUUCUUUUAAAAUAUAAUGGCAAGUAGUGACGAGAAUGCCCUGGUGGAAAGGGUGUUCCUUCGAAUCGGGUCAGCAGAGACGGAUGAGCAGCUGGAAUCUGCAUUGGCCCGCUUUCUGACCCCAGUACUGCUGAAACUGGAUAGCAAAGAGGAUGGUGUGAGAAAAAAGGUUAUGGAGCUGCUUGUUCACGUAAACAAGCGUCUGAAGAGUCUGACCAGGGUGCAGCUCCCAGUUGAUGAUCUGAUAGUGCAGUUCAAAAAUCCUGAGGCCUCAUCCAUUGUUACAAACUUCACAGUGAUUUACAUAAAGCUAGGGUUUCCUCGUCUUGAACCAGAAAAGCAAGGAGAAAGGGUUCCUGCAUUGUUGAGCUGUCUCGAGGGGCGGUCACAAAGCCAGCAGGACAGUUUCCUUCAGCUUCUUAUGCCUGCCCUUGAAAAGGUAAAGAUGCCUCCCAGUAUGGACCAAAGAAGAGAAAUGUUUGCUUGCAUUACCACUCCGGCUAUGUCGAAGUUACUGCUCACAUAUAUGCUGGACUUAUUGCUCGUGCCGUAUGGGUCCCACGCAAAGAUAGCUGAGCUCCAACAAGCCCAGACAAGACGCCCAGCCACCGCCCCAGCCAGCAACACUCCUAAUCCAAUAGCUCCACCCGGACUGUCAAUCACAUCCUUUCGACGGGUAAUGGGCGACAACCCAUACCAGCCAGAACAGCUGGAGAAAGUCAAACUCGGGAUUGUUAAGUUUCUGGGCGGGGAUUUGUUUACAGAGAAAGAUGUUGUGUGCCAUUACAUUGUUGGGGCGGCAGAUACAAGACACAGUGUUGCUACUGCAGCUGACAUGGAAUUGAAGAAAAUAAUUGGGACAGUUGACUUGAAUGACUCAGAUAUUCUGACCAAGCUGUUUGCAAUCAUUCUUGGAACCCUAGAAUUUAAAGGACAGACGCCUAUAAAGCCAGAAUUUAAGGUGAUGCAAGCAUGUACAAGAAUCCGGAUGAAGAUUAUGCCAUAUAUUUUAAAGGCUCGUGAAUCAGCUAACACCUUUCCUUGUAACAUACAGGUCAUAUUUGACCUGCUGUACGGCCAGAACACUAACACCAAACUGAAGGUCCAUGCUAUACAGAUGAUACAUCAUAUGUGCCUACACUGCACAGAUAACAAGUUUUCAACAUUCAGUCCUAUUCUGCAGACCAAACUUGUAAACCUGGUCAGGGAUGCUCAAGAGGAUCGGAAAGUGCUAAGCCUGGCGUAUGUCGCUCUAGGAAAGUUGGUUCACCGCUUUCCCCAACUAGUGGCCACCAAUAUAGCACUUGUUCAGGUCUUUUUCGAUGUCAUGUGUCAGGUGGAUUCUGAUAUGCGUCUAGCAGUGCAAGAGGCCCUGUCAUUAAUGGCCAAUGCCUUCAAGGAUCUGAGUGAACUCAACCAGAAAAUGAUGGUGGCUCUGCUUAUGGAAGCAAUCGAUAAGGAGGAGCCCCAGGCUAGAAUGAUGGCAGUACAGUAUGCAGAGAAGAUUUUCCCUAAGGAUCAUGUUGCUUCAAGAUAUAUCCUCCUGCUAGCAGCUGGUGACCAAAAAGAGGACAUCCGUCUUGAAGCAGUAAAGGGGCUUCAUGCCGCCCAAGGGGAUGAGAAACUCACCUCAAGACCUGUGGAGCCCGCAGCUAAAGUUGUGCUGCCAGACUUUUCCAAGAUGGUGGAAUUUGUGAAGGAAAAGGCCGAUAUCAGAGUGACAACCCAGAAUCGUGUGGUAAUCUCAAACAGCACCCUACCCUUCAAUCAGACCACAUUUACCGAGAUACUGCUCUAUCUGCGGUCCUGUCUAGCACACAGCGCCAGCCUUGUGCCCGAUAUGGACGGUGUAUCGGCAAUGAAGGAACAGGCACCAGAGAUAUCGAAGUAUGUGCAAGGAUUAAUGAAGGAGAAUAACACGGAUCGAGGGCCGGUACAGACUUACGUGAAUUUGACACAAAUGCUUCUUAAAGCUGUCGGAGGUUCCACUCCAAUGUACUGUCUUUUGGAGAUGGUUGCCAUGGCACCGACUGAGCUUGUACCUCAGUUUGUUCAGCAUCUUGGUUGGAUUAAGACCACUGUGUUUUCCAUGAAGGAUGACAUCCGUGACUUGGCCGCCAACCUGUACGCCAUAAUUGUGUGUAAGCACACGGAUGAAGGCCAGUUAUUGGAAGCUCUAGAGUUCAUGCUUAACUCCAUGAAUAACAAGAGUCUGGAGGCACAGCAUGGAGCCAUUUUGACUCUAGGUCACCUGAUUGGUCAGUUACUCAGGCGAAGGAGGCUGGAGAGUAGUCAAGGGGGAUCACUCUGGCAGAAGAUGGAAAAGGCAGUUGAACAAGCAGUUAUUGCCAUUGCUCGACUUGUGAAAGUUACAGACGAAAACAACCCUAUGCUAGCUGCAGGAGCAUGUCAGGCAAUUGGCGAGAUUGGUCGCAACGCACCUUUACCCCUCCCAUCUGGCAGCGAGGGAGAGCUAGAAGGGGAGAUAACCAAACUAUCAGUUGUGAAAAACCUCCUGGCAAUCAUAAAGUCAGGCAAGGAGAACACAAAGAGCAAGGAGAGAGCUGCACUUUGUCUCGGACAGCUGUGUGUUGGAGAAGAGAAGUUCCCUCACAGAAAACUGGCCAUACAGGGGCUCCUGGAUGCUGUCACUAGCAAACAGAUAGAACUCCACUUUACCCUUGGGGAGGCUUUGGUGUUUGCCGCUCAGGGUCCAACCUCCCCGGCCGGAAGGGAUCUCUGGACACAGACUGAAGAAGAAUGGAAGGCCAUAGCUAACUACAGUGAAGAUGAAGUAGAAUGGUACCUGACAACUGUUCUAGAACGCUAUGUGACCAGUGCCAAUCCCCACGUGCGUCAAGCAUCCAGUGUCUGGCUACUGGCUCUAGUGAAGAAAUGUAGUUCACAUCCUGCUUUGCAGUCUAGGCUUCAAAACCUGCAAUCUGCCUUUAUGCAGCUGUUGUCAGAGAAUGAUGACUUGACCCAGGACAUUUCCUCCAAAGGCCUCGGCCUGGUGUACGAGAUAUGCUCCACUGAACAGAAGUCUGCACUAGUCUCAGAGCUCGUGGACACGCUGAUGACAGGGAAACGUAAACAGCAGACGGUCUCGGCAGACACUCAGGUGUUUGAGGAGGGAAGCAUUGGCAAAACACCAGAAGGAAGCGGCCUCUCUACUUACAAGGAACUGUGUUCUAUCGCCAAUGAGCUCAACCAGCCAGAUCUGAUCUACAAGUUCAUGCAUCUCGCUAACCAUCAUGCCAUGUGGAACUCUAGAAAGGGAGCAGCAUUUGGUUUCACCACUAUAGCAGCCCAGGCUGGAGAGCAGUUAGCCCCUUUUCUGCCCCAGAUUGUGCCCCGACUGUACCGCUACCAGUUUGACCCUAACAUGAAGAUUCAGCAGGCGAUGACAUCCAUCUGGAAUGCCCUUGUGCAGGAUAACAAAAACACGGUUGACAAGUACAUGAAGGAGAUACUGGCCGACCUGCUAACCAACCUCACCAACAAUCAGUGGAGGAUCAGGGAGUCAAGUUGCCUGGCGGUCCAUGACCUUUUGAGAGGUCAUGCCCUUGACGAUGUGGUGGAGAGUUUACCAGAACUGUGGGAAUCGUGUCUGCGAGUGCUAGAUGAUAUCAAGGAAAGUGUACGCAAAGCUGCCGAGCUGGCCUGUAAUACCCUCAGCAGAGCAUCUAUAAAAAUAUGUGAUGUGAGCUAUGGAAAGGUAGGGGAAAGGGCCACAACUGUGGUCCUGCCUUGUCUGCUCAAGUGUGGCCUUCAAAGUCCUGUGUCAGAAGUCAGAGCUUUAGGGUUAUCAACAAUCUUGAAGAUCAGCAAGAAUGCGGGAGUGCUAUUGAAGCCCCAUAUCCCUGUGUUAGUUACAGCCCUGCUCGAGGCAAUUAGUGGUCUGGAACCUCAGGUUAUGAACUACCUAAGUGUGAGAGUCUCAAAUGAGGAAACACAGCACAGGCUUGACAACGCCAGAAUUAUGGCUUCAAAAAUGUCUCCAAUGAUGGAAACUGUCAACUUGUGUGUACAGUAUGUGGAUGAGAGUGUUUUACCGGAGAUGGUGCCAAGACUUACAGAGCUCAUCAAGAGCGGUAUAGGUGUAGGGACAAAGGCAGCUUGUUCCCACUUUGUUGUCUCCCUGGUACAUCAAUGUCCGAAGGAUCUGACCCCACACACAGGCAAGCUGAUGGGUGCUUUUCUGAAUGGAGUGGCUGACAGGAACAUGGCAGUCAGAAAAUCUUACGCUCUGGCUUUAGGACAUCUUGUCAGGAUAGCCAAAGAUUCAAGUGUUGAGAAGCUGAUUACAAGAAUGAGAUCUUGGUAUCUGGAGAAAGAAGAGGAAGCAGCACACAAUGGAUGUGGCCUGACGUUACACGCGAUCAGUCAACAGAGUUCUGACAUCCUGAAACGUCACGCCUCAUUGACAAUGCCACUGGCAUUUUUGGCCAUGCACGAACUGGCAAAAGAUGGUAGCAGUAACAAGGGAGAUGAUAGUCUUUCACUCUGGGAGGAAGUGUGGACCGAGGUCACACCAGGUACCGAGGGAGGCAUCAAGCUAUACCUGGCAGAGAUUGUAUCCCUACUCCAGGAGACGAUCCAGUCCCAGUCAUGGGCAACAAAAGCUCAGGCCGCCCGGGCAAUAUCCACUGUGGCUGACAAAUUAGGGGCUAAAUUAGGGCCACCACAUCUUGGGAACCUUAUUGAAGCCCUUCUUCUAGGUCUACAGGGGCGAACAUGGGCUGGGAAGGAGGCCCUUCUACAUGCUCUCCAAACAGUGUGCAAGUCCUGCAGUUCCAGUAUAAAGGGAUCUGAAGAAGAAGACUUUGUUACUAAGAUAAUUGAGGACCUUCUUAGGGAAAGUAGAAAAGAAAGCAUAAAAUACAAGCUAGAGGCCCUGACAUGCCUUGGAGAGGUGGUUGAGAUAUUUGAAGUGGAUAGGUUCCAAGAUGUUUACGCCAUACUCGCUCCUGUGAUAGAAAAGAAAGAGGAAGAUAUGGAGGUCGAUGAGGAAAAGGAAGAGUUGAAUUCUGAUGUUAAGGAGGGCCAACUUGUGUGCUAUUACACAGUCCUAGGUCAAAUAUGGCCUAUAGGGGCACGUAAUACUCAGGAGGCUCGCCUGGAAGGCAUUAGCUGUCUACUAUGCGAGGCCCUGCAAGGGAACACACGGAAAAUCCAAGAGGCCAUUAUGAAGACCAUGCAUAAAGUGAUCAACAGACUGGAGUGCUUACAAGACGUACAGAAGUUCUCUGCCAAUGAGCCAUCAGUAGCGACAGUAUUGCAGAGGAUGAUUUUGUCUGUCUUGCCCUGCCUGGGUAACUUGAAGUACACUGUGAUAAGAACAGAAGCCCUUGAGAUUGUCAAUGAUAUUAUACCAAAGCUAACAGAAUUUCAAAAACUCCAAUGCCUUUCCAACGAGACUGUAGAAAAACUGAGGACCGAUUUGGCUACCAUGACAGCGGACUCCAGUCCUGAGAUUCAAGACAAAUCAAAGACUCUUCUUGUGAUGUUGAAUGCCUAGUGUGAUAAAAUGGGUUUAAUUAUUUAGUUAAUAAUUUAUCGGUUCUUGUGUCACCUUUUGGUGUCGGUGCAACAGUGUCAUUUGCAGCAACUUCGAAAAAAUCAUGGGCAAACAAUAACUAGUAUUUAUUAUUCAAUCCUAAUGAAACUUAGUAACUGUGUUUGUUGGCAUAAUGUUAUGGUCAAGUUUAAUCAUGAUGGGGUUAAUCAUCUUAGAUACUCCAGAGUUGUGCCUCUUUUACAUCAAAAUACCGCUGGCUUACUUUUUGUUAAAGGGUAUGAGUUUUUAUUUAUUACAAAGGUUGGCUCCCUUUACAUUUAAACUGGCAUUACAAUUGGUUUUACUAUGAUGAGUGAGUGCACAUGGGCACUUCAAAGAGGUGAUCUAAUCAAUUUUGCAGAACUUCAUUCAAAUUUGUAUCAAUGAUGUGGUGCCUCAAUACUAAUAUUAUGUAGAUUAGAAUACUAGUACCUUGAAUGAAAAAGCAUCUGAUUAUUUUAUACAGUCAUGUUUGUAAUAACAUAUGCACAAUGAUGUUGAUAUCAUCAUAUUUUUUUGGUUUAGUUAAUUAUUAUUGUAAAUGAAUUUGAUUAAACGGUACAGUAGCAAAUAAACCAAUGAAAUAAA